AUGGCUGGUGAUUACCAGAACGGCAGCGGUGGAGCAAACGACAACGAUGGCGACGGUGACUCCACGGUGGAGCUGUACCAGUUCUUCAGGCAGAUAGGGACGCUCGCAAAGUGGAUUGUCCUUGCGGUUGCCAUCAUUGUGUUAAUAUCGCUCUUCGUCUUCGGGCGCAGCGUCUUUACGGACUGGCUGUGGUUCGACAAUCUCGGCUAUCGCGGAAUAUUCGUUAAGGUCUUAACGACACGCAUAACCCUGUUCUUGAUCGGCGCGGCUGCGAUGGCAGUGCUGUCAGGGAUUAGCAUUUACACAGCAAGCCUUCUAUCCAGGGGCAGGGCAUCACUGCCUCUGCCUGAUGAUCUGUUGAGCUUCAUGGGCCGCGCCCUAUUGAGCAUAAGCGGGGGCGUGGUGCUUGUACUCGCCGUAGUCUUCGGUACGCUGAUGGCGGCGCGCUGGGAGAUAUUCCUGCGCUUCUCUAACGCUGCGCCUUUCGGACAAAUCGAGCCGGUGUUUGGGCGUGAAGUUGGCUUCUAUGUCUUUACGCUGCCGAUGCUCAGUUUCCUGCAGGGCUGGGUGCUGGGCAUGCUGAUUCUGACGCUGAUAGCGACGAUAGCCUUCUACUUCCUGCGCUUCAGCAUGCAGGGCAUGAAACUCGACUUGAACGCACCGGGCGUGAAGAUACAUUUGUCAAUUCUGGCUGCGCUGGUGAUGUUCACGAUAGGCUUCGGCCAUUGGAUCGACAGGUGGGAUCUGCUGCUCUCGGAAGAUGGCGCGGUGUUCGGCGCCGCUUACACCGACGUGAACGCGCGCAUGCCGGCGCUUCUGAUAAUGACCAUCAUCGCGGUCGGCGCGGGCAUACUCAUGCUGGCAAACACAUACUUCAGCGGCAGGCGAUUGCUGAUUGGCGCAUUCGCUCUCUGGUUCGUUGCGAACAUCGUGCUGGGAAGCGUCUGGCCGAACCUCAAUCAGCAGUUCACGGUCAACCCUAACGAAUUCGUGCGCGAAGAGCAGUACCUUGUGCGCAACAUCGAAUUCACUCGCGCUGCGUAUGGGCUUGACCGGGUGACCGAAGAGUUCUACCCGGCGGAGACGGCUGUCAGCACGGAGGUCAUUCAGAGUAACCCGAAGACGAUCAACAACAUACGCCUUUGGGACUAUCGCCCCCUUACCGAUGUAUAUAGGCAGAUUCAGCUUAUCCGUCCGUACUACGACUUCCACGACGCCGAUGUUGACCGCUACGAAAUCGAUGGCGAAUUGAGACAGGUUUUGCUCUCAGCACGCGAGGUCGCGCCGGAGAAGCUUGACGCCAAUGCCCAGCAGUGGACGAAUACGCGCCUGGUUUAUACGCACGGAAUGGGUAUUGCGAUGAGCCCCGUCACGGAGUUCACGCCGGAGGGAAGGCCCGAGUUUUUCGCCAAGGACAUACCGGCCGAUGGCGUAAUUCCCAUCCAAUCCGCCGACUCGCAGGGUGAGCCGGAACUCCUGGUUACGAACCCUCGCAUCUAUUACGGCGAAAACACGCUGGAGUACGUGAUAGUCAACACACUACAGGAAGAGCUUGACUACCAGACCGAAAGUGGCGACCUUUUCCGCACGUACUAUGACGGGCCCGGCGGUGUGCAGAUGUCGUCGUUCUUCCGCAGGCUUGCUUAUGCCUGGCAGUUCGCAGACGUGAAUAUCCUUAUCAGCGGGCAGAUUACGGGCGACAGCCGCCUGCAAUAUCGGCGCGCCAUACAGGAGCGCAUUCACACCGUCGCGCCCUUCUUGCUGCUGGACAAAGACCCGUACAUAGUCGCGGCAGAGGGUGGCCUUUACUGGAUUCAGGAUGCUUAUACCUAUACUGACAGAUAUCCUUACUCAGACCCGUUUCGCCCAGACCUCAACUAUUUGCGUAACAGCGUGAAAGUCACGGUGGACGCCUUCACCGGCGACCUACGCUUCUAUGUAUGGGACGAGUCCGACUCCAUCAUACGCACCUACGAGCGCAUAUUCCCAGACCUGUUCCUUCCACAAGGGGACAUGCCUGAAUCGCUAAGGGCCCAUGUGCGCUACCCGCAAGACUUGUUCCGAAUACAGGCGGAAAAGUAUAUCCGCUAUCAUAUGCAGGUUCCUCAGAAUUUCUACAAUAACGAAGACCUGUGGGCAGUCGCCGAAGAGAAGUUUGGGCAGGGUGACGCGCUUCAGCAGGUGGAGCCUUACUUUGUCAUAAUGAAACUGCCUGGCGAAGUGAAGGAAGAGUUCGUGAUGCUUCUGCCUUACACACCCAACGAGCGGCAGAACUUGAUCGGCUGGCUCGCGGCGCGCAGCGACGGUGACAGUUACGGCAACCUCAUAGCGUACAACUUCCCGAAGGACCGGCAGAUCGACGGACCCGCUCAGAUUGAGGCGCGCAUAGACAACGAUCAGGACAUAUCUGCCUGGUUCACGCUGCGCUGCACGACUGGAUCGGAGUGCCUGCGAGGAAACCUUCUGGUCAUCCCGGUUGGUCAGGGAAUCAUCUACGCGGAGCCGGUAUAUAUCCGAGCUGAAGGCGUCAAUUUCCCCGAACUGAAGCGCGUAAUACUCGCCACGGGCGACAAAGUUGUAAUGGAAGACUCGCUAAACGAGGCGCUCGCCGCGCUCACCGGCUCACAGUCGUUCGUAACCGAUGCCGAGAACGCCCCUCUGAAACCACUCCGGCACCAUCUACAUCAGGCGGUGCCGUGGAGGCGACAGUCGAGACGAUUCAGCAAGCCAUACAAGAUGUGA